AUGGAGGAUCUUUCAGGAGACGCUAUCGCAGCAGAAAUUAUUCAGGCUGUGAACCUCUCCAAGUCUGUGGAUAAGCAAACAGGAAAUGAGAAAGCUAUCUCCUACCUUGGCGUUGAGGAAGAACGGGGCGUAACUGUCGUUGGUUCGAAAAUGAAGCCUCGAUAUAUUGUUCUUUCAUAUGAUGAAAACACUCAUGUUUUCAAUAUUCAUCGCUUAAAAGCAAGUGAUAAAGGAGGAAUGCAAGUUGUGAGAAGUUGGCCUCUGUUCGAAUUACAAGGAAUUACCGUUAUUGACGAUCGAGAUGUCACAUUCACAAUUAACAAACCCCAUCUCCUCAGAAGCAAUGAUACGGUCGCGAGAAAUAAGUUUAUAUUCUCACUUGCAAAACAAUAUAUGUACUACAUGGGUAGGCCUCUAAGUGUUCUGACCACAGACGGUCGGAAAGUAGACUGGGCUUAUCGUAAUUCGUUUGUGGAGGAUACAGCAAAGCCUUUGAGUAUACCAAAAGCUAGAAAUUCUCUACCGGAAAGCACUGUGGCGGCACCCAGCCCUUCAUCGUCUUCUAGAAAUGGUCACUUGCGCAAUUUUUCUGAUGGACCCAUUGUUACGAAUCUAGAAACAGACUUCCCUUCAAAUGAAAAUGAAGAACUUUCAAGUUCUCUACCGACUAAUACAAAAAGUAUUAAGGAUGAUCAGACUUCAGACAGAAAACCCAUGUCUCAUUCGAAGUUGAAGCAUCAAGCAAGAACGCUUAGCAGUUCUAUUUCUGGUAAGUCUGCCUCAUCCGUUCCGGAUUCUUCUUUUCCUCAAAAGGACGAACCUAUAUCUGAGAAAAAUUCUCUAAAAAAGCCUUCGUACAAAGAUAAUUUUAUACAGGAACAAGCUCAAUUAUUUCCUCCAAAAUCCCCUCUGCGUAAAGGAGGACGCAGAGAUACAAAUUUUACUUCUGACCCAAAAAAGGAUGCUUUUCAAAGCAAAAGAAGAACUACACCUUCGUCUUCGUCAAAAGAUCUAUUGUCCCAAGACCCAAUGUCAUUGAUGGAUGAGAAGUCAUAUGUUAGUCGUUCGAAAGAACACAAUGUUCUGUUAUCUGACGAGCCUAACCUAAUAUUGAGCGAUUCGAGUGGAUUUAAUGAAAAUCCCUUUCAAUCAAGUCUAGAUUCAGCUUAUAGCCAACAACUACCUUCUAAGGAAGGAUCAUCACCUAUUCGCGCUCCCUCUAUUUCAACUAAAAGUUCUUUGAGAAAUACCCCAGUUUCUAUUCCCAAAAAAAAAAAUCAUUCUCCGUCUUCGGGUCUUCAGAUACCAGCGAAACAUCCAUCUCGCCAAGGUUUACCAUUAAGUACGGCCAACACGAGUGAUAUUAAUUUAUCAUCUUUGAGCUUCCAAUCUCUAGAAUCUCAAGAAUUCGCUGCUUCAACUCGUCCAAAGAUGAGUACCAUGUCUAACAAUCAAGUUUCAAGCGAUACUUCACCUGCCCUAAAUGUGCUGACGCCUACUCUACGAGGCUCCAUUAUUGAAGAAGCUUACAAUGUACAUUCUAAAAUCAGUAUAAAUAGCCUACCAAAAAACGUGACACAGGAAAUGUCUCAAUUGAACUGGAGUAACAAAGCAACUUAUAAGGAUUAUUAUGACUCUAUGGAAUCUCAAUUUAACACUUCAAUGAAAAAGAGUGUGCAAAAUUUAGUAGAGGAAGAUGGAAAAAUGGAGAAGAUAAGGAAAAAUAUUGAUAACUGCGUUGCGGGAUGCGAUUCUUUAAGUUCGACUAUUAAUUUGUUUUCACUCGAACUUUCGGAGGCAUUAAACGAUAUUAUGAAUAAUAAUCAGCAGAUAAAGCACAAAUAA